GUGAUAAUAGAAAAAUUCUCCCUACGAGUUCGCCUUAUCGCUUGUUGGUUUAUCUACGAAUGGCUCCAAAAUGGCGCUACGCGUAGCAGAAGCACGUGUUCCAAUGAGAUUUUAAGAUUUUUUUUGAUAGCGGAAGAAGUACUGGACUACAUAAUGGAAAUUGAAGGCCAGAAGCUUUUACGCUGCUUUUACGCGUCGAGAGUGUUUCCAUAGCUUAUUAAGAAUUGUCAAACGUGCGUUCAAUCAGCACUGAUUCACGACAGACUAAUACAAUAACCUCAAAAUGGUGAAGGAACAGUUCCGAGAGACUGAUGUUGCACGUAAAAUAUCACAUGUUUCCUUUGGAGUGGAUAGUCGCCACAACAUGGAACGCCAGGCUCACAUCCAUGUUGUGGCGAAGAAUCUCUAUACCCAAGAUAGCCAGAGGACACCAGUUCAGUAUGGUGUUCUUGACAGGAGAAUGGGAAUAUGUUCGAACAUGAGCAGUUGCGGAACAUGUGGAAAAUCAUUGAAUGAGUGCAUUGGUCACUUUGGGUACAUAGACUUAGAACUACCUGUCUUUCAUGUUGGUUAUUUCAGAUCGAUCAUUGGAAUAUUACAGAGUAUUUGCAAGAAAUGUUCACAUGUACUGUUGAACAGUACGGAUAAAAAAUUCUACUUGACCCGUGUCCUUAAUCCUAAUUUAAGUUAUCUCGGUCGUAAGGCUUUAAGAAGGCAAAUUUUAGAUAAAGCAAAAAAGAUAACUACUUGUCCACAUUGUGGAGAAUUAAAUGGAAUGGUUAAGAAAGCUGGCUUACUCAAAAUCGUUCAUGAAAAGUAUAAGACCAAGAAGAAAACUGAUCCCAUUGUCCAACAAAAAUUAGCUGAGUAUAAUGAUGUAUUGGAAGACAAUAAGGAAAUAGAAGGAAUUUUACAAAGUGGACUUGUAUACGUAUUAAAUCCAUUGGAGGUACAGGGUAUAUUGGAACGGAUACCAUCAUGUGAUGUCCCAUUACUACUCAUGAAUCCAAAUUGUGCAUUACCGAAAGACUUGAUAUUAACUAGGAUUCCUGUACCACCAAUUUGUAUUAGGCCAAGUGUUGUGUCUGAUUUAAAGGCAGGUACAAACGAAGAUAAUUUAACGAUGAAGUUAUCUGAAAUUGUAUUCAUUAAUGAUGUUAUACAAAAACAUAGACAAAGUGGUGCAAAGGUACAGAUGUAUAAUGAAGAUUGGGAAUUUCUUCAAUUACAUUGCGCAUUGUAUAUUAAUAGCGAAAUGUCGGGUAUUCCACUUAACAUGCAGCCAAAAAAAUCAGGUAGAGGAUUGGUACAGAGAUUAAAAGGAAAGCAAGGUCGUUUCCGAGGUAAUCUGUCUGGCAAAAGAGUAGACUUUUCUAGCAGAACUGUUAUAUCCCCUGAUCCCAACCUUCGGAUAGAGCAGGUUGGCGUACCAAUUCAUGUUGCAAAGAUUCUAACUUACCCUGAACGUGUGAAUCGCUCAAACAUUGAAUUGAUGAGAACUUUAAUACAAAAUGGUCCAGAUGUUCAUCCAGGAGCUAACUUCGUACAACAGGGCAAGACACAAUUUAAAAAAUUUCUACGUUAUGGUAACAGACAAAAGAUUGCACAAGAUUUGCAAUAUGGAGAUGUAGUCGAGAGACAUCUCAGAGAUGACGAUGUAGUGUUAUUUAAUCGACAACCCUCCUUACACAAAUUGUCAAUCAUGGCUCACAAAGCCAAAGUACUUGAACACAGAACAUUCAGGUUUAACGAAUGUGUUUGCACACCAUACAAUGCAGAUUUUGAUGGGGAUGAAAUGAACCUGCAUUUACCACAAUCUGAAGAGGCAAGAGCAGAAGCCUUAGUGUUGAUGGGGAAUAAAGCUAAUUUGGUAACGCCUCGUAAUGGAGAGUUACUUAUCGCAGCUACUCAAGACUUUAUUACGGGUGGCUACUUGUUAACACAAAAGGAUACAUUUCUCAAUAAAGAUCAAGCAUGUCAAUUGGCUAGUUGUCUCUUAGCAGGUGCAGAUGCAGGUAUGCAUAUUGAUCUUCCUCGAGCUGCAAUCUUAAAGCCGCGAAAACUAUGGACUGGAAAACAAAUAUUUAGCUUAAUUUUAAGACCAACUAAAAAGUGUAACAUCAAAGCCAAUUUAAAGACAAAGGGUAGAGCUUAUACCACCAGUGAGGAAUUAUGCAUCAAUGAUUCAUUCGUAAUUAUUCGCAAUUCAGAGCUUUUAGCAGGCUCGAUGGAUAAAUCGACCUUAGGCUCAGGAUCGAAACAAAAUAUAUUUUAUGUCCUUCUUCGAGAUUGGGGAGAAGAUGCGGCAACGACAGCUAUGUGGAGAUUAGCCAGAAUGGCUAGUUACUUUCUUAUGAAUCGAGGAUUUUCUAUUGGCAUCGGUGAUGUGACCCCUGGUCAAGGGUUGCUUCGAGCGAAGCAGGAACUCUUAAAUGCUGGAUACUCUAAGUGCACUGAGUAUAUUCGACAAAUGGAAGAGGGCCGCCUUGUUUGUCAACCUGGGUGUACGGAAGAAGAAACAUUGGAAGCUAUGAUGUUAAAGGAACUUUCAGUAAUUCGAGACCAUGCUGGGAAAGCUUGUUUGAAAGAACUCCAUCCUAGUAACAGCCCUUUGGUAAUGGCCUUGUCAGGCAGUAAAGGAAGUUUUAUCAACAUUUCUCAAAUGAUUGCUUGUGUUGGCCAACAAGCCAUUAGUGGUCGUCGGGUACCUAAUGGAUUUGAAGACCGAGCUCUGCCACACUUCGAAAGACAUUCCAAAAUUCCGGCUGCCAAAGGUUUCGUCGAGAAUUCAUUUUACUCUGGACUUACGCCAACUGAAUUCUUUUUCCAUACGAUGGGUGGACGCGAAGGUCUUGUGGACACGGCUGUGAAAACCGCGGAAACCGGUUACAUGCAAAGGAGAUUAGUCAAAAGUUUGGAAGAUUUGUGUCUGCAUUAUGACAUGACUGUUAGAAAUUCUGUAGGCGACAUUGUGCAAGUUUUAUACGGUGGAGAUGGGCUGGAUCCUACGUAUAUGGAGGGGAAAGAUUGUCCAGUCGAUUAUAAAAGAGUUUUGGAUCAUGUAAAGGCGAAAUCUCCUUAUAAGGAUGAAGCGUCCCUGGAUGGACCGAGCGUGAUAAAGGCUACUAACGAAUUACUAAAUUCUGAGGAGUACGCAUGCCUUAGUAUUGAAUUUAAACAGGAGCUUGAGGUUUUUCUCAAAACGGUAGCGCGUAAAAUCGCUCGUCUUAGGCAAAAUGUGACGUCAAAGUCUCGAGUGAUAUCGCAACUGGAGCGACUCACAGUUUCGCAAUUGGUAGAAUUUAUUCACACUUGUAAAGAAAAAUUCAUGAGAGCCAAGAUCGAGCCAGGUACAGCAGUGGGUGCCCUUGCGGCUCAGAGUAUCGGAGAGCCUGGAACUCAAAUGACAUUAAAAACCUUCCACUUCGCUGGAGUAGCUUCGAUGAACAUCACUCAAGGUGUACCGCGUAUCAAAGAAAUCAUUAAUGCAAAUCCAAAGAUCAGCACACCGAUUAUAACUGCUACACUGGAAAACGACACGGAUCCAGAAUUUGCAAGACGAGUUAAGGGCAGAAUAGAGAAAACUACAUUGGGCGAGGUAACUGAAUACAUAGAAGAAGUUUAUUUGCCCGAUGACUGCUUCCUCUUGGUCAAACUCGAUACAGACAGAAUUAAAUUAUUGAAGCUGGAAGUUGACGCCAACUCCAUUCGAUACUCGAUAUGCAUAUCGAAGCUAAGGCUACAUCCUAAAUUGGUGAAUGUCAGAGGGGACUCCAUCAUCACCAUCAGUCCAAAUAGACAGAAGCAUAGUUUAAAUUCAGCUCUCACACAACUCAAAGAGAUGAUACCCAAUGUUGUUAUCAAGGGAUUAUCAUCCGUAGCUAGAGCUGUUAUUCAUAAUGAUGACUCCAGUGGAAAGACAAAGUACAAGUUGUUUGUCGAAGGUGAUAAUUUACGUGAAGUUAUGGCAACGCACGGAGUCCUCGGAUGUAAAACCACGUCGAAUAAUACAAUAGAGGUAUUUCGAACGCUCGGAAUUGAGGCAGCAAGAGCAACGAUCAUGACUGAAAUUAAGUUGGUGAUGGAAAAUCAUGGUAUGAGCAUUGACAGAAGACAUCCAAUGUUAGUAGCUGAUCUGAUGACAAGUAGGGGAGAAGUUCUUGGUAUCACGCGACAAGGUUUAGCAAAGAUGAAGGAAUCAGUACUGAACUUGGCAUCGUUUGAAAAAACAGCGGAUCACUUGUUCGACGCUGCUUAUUAUGGGCAGAAAGAUGCAAUAUGUGGAGUGUCCGAAUCUAUCAUAAUGGGCAUACCAGUUCCUGUGGGAACUGGAAUUUUCAAGUUACUUCACAAAGCUGACAAGGAAGAGCCACGCAAGAGACAACUGGUAUUCGACGAUCCGCAGUUUCACAAGAAACCUACGAAGACUGUAACAUAACUUAACUGUAAAAUCCUAAAAUUUAAUAAUAAAACACUAUUUAAUUUAUUACGA